UGGGGAGCUGCGCCCGCUCGGCCGGGAGGGGCCCGCGCCCCCGGCGCCCACAGGUGCGGCGACCCCGGCUCCCCCGGUUCCCCGAGCGCCUCCCUGGCCGCCGGCCGCCUGAGCCCCGCGAGCAGUAGGAGGGAGAGGCUGGGGCCGGGAGACGGACGGCGGAGGACCAGGGAAAGUACUCCAAGGGUGCUGUGGCCACUGAAGCAUGGAGGAGCCUGUUGCCCACCUCAGCCUGCGGUAUCCUGUGGCCCAGUGAGAGCCAUGCUGGGAAGCAAUCACAUUUUCAUGGCAAGACAGACCUCCCAGCUGCUAAGCUCCUUUAGGGUAAGAGAGGAGCAGCCCUCGCUAAGAUGGAGAGACCUUUCUGGAGACAUCUAUCCCUUGGUGCACAUGGACCAUUUCCCAUCUCAGCUGGAAUCCAGUCUAAAGCCCAAGUAGUGUUUCCUGUUACCCUAAAGAUUCCAAUUUCAGCCAGAACUGUGACAUCAGCUCUACUUUCUGGAGUAGUUUUGCCACAUGGAGACCAAGCACCCUGUAUUAAAACAAGACUUCAGAGUUUUUCAAAAAAAAAACAUGAACAGGAAGAACAGAAGCAAUUAUUGAAGGCCACCACUUCAUCAAAUGUAUCUGCACAGAGAGCAUCAUUCUCAGUGGCUGACCACAUUGCUAAAGCUAAGAAGCCCUUUACUAUUGGUGAAGAGUUGAUCCUGCCUGCUGCUAAGGACAUUUGUCGUGAACUUUUAGCAGAGGCUGCAGUUCAAAAGGUGGCACGUGUUCCUCUUUAGGAUAGCACCAUAACUAGACGAAUCGAUGAAAUAGCAAAGGAUAUUGAGGCACAAUUGUUAGAGAGGAUUAAUGAGUCACCAUGGUACAUAAUCCAGGUUGACUAGUCUACUGAGGUUGGCAUCAAGGCAACAGUGCUUGUUUUUGUGCGAUAUAUUUUUCAGGAGGAUGUGAUGAGGAUAUGUUAUGUGGCACUUUUGUUGCCAGCCAACACCACAGCUGCAGAAGUGUUCAAGUCUUUGAAUGAUUACAUAUGAGGAAAACUGAAUUGGUCAUUUUGUGUGGGUAUAUGCACGGACAGAGUGGCUGCCAUGACUGGACGGCUUUCUGGUUUCACUACUCAGGUCAAAGAGGUUGCUUCUGAAUGUGAGUCUACGCACUAUGUCAUCCAUAGAGAAAUGCUGGCUAGCCGAAAAAUGUUACCUGAACUUAGCAACAUUUUGCAGGAUGUGAUUAAAAUUAUCAACAACAUUAAAGUACAUGCUCUUAACUCACAUCUGUUCACACAGCUCUGUGAGGAGAUGGAUACAGAGCACAUACGUCUUCUCUUAUACACAGAAGUGAGAUGGCUUUCUGAAGGUAGAUCACUGGCCAGAGCUUUUAAGUUACGAGAGCCACUCCAGAGAUUUCUUUUAGAAAAACAGUCACCACUGGCAGCACAUUUCAGUGACACAGAGUGGGUCAUAAAACUUGUUUACUUGUGUGACAUAUUCAACCUGCUCAACGAGCUCAGUCUGUCACUUCAGAGGGGAAUGACAACUGUGUUCAAGUUGGCAGAUAAAGUGGCUGCAUUCAAAGCCAAACUGGAAUUAUGGGGGCGACGAGUGAACGUUGGGAUUUUUGUCAUGUUUCAAACAUUAGCAGAGAUUUUGAAAGAGACUGAGCCAGGGCCUUCUUUCUCCCAGCUGGUGCAUGAUCACCUAUCUCAGCUUUCAAAAGAGAUUGAGCAUUACUUCCCAACCACAAAAGACCCCCGAUCUGGGAAGGAAUGGAUCUGCAACCCAUUUGUGAAUAAGCCAGGUGAAUCAACUUUGUCCGUGCUAGAAGAGGAUCAACUGCUUGAGAUCGCAAAUGACGGUGGCCUUAAAAGUAUGUUUGAGACAACUUCAAAUCUCCAUACGUUCUGGAUUAAAGUCAAGGUGGAAUAUCCUGAGAUUGCCACAAAAGCACUGAAAAGCCUGCUUCCAUUUCCAACAUCCUGUCUUUGUGAAGCAGGGUUUUCUGCAGUGACAGCAACAAAAAUGAGAUUACGGAGUAGACUGGACAUAAGUCACACACUUCAGGUAUCACUGUCUCCCAUCACCCCUAGAUGGGACCAUCCAGUUGCAGGAAAACAAGCUCAGGGCUCCCACUGAUUCUACAUUAUGCCGUGUGGCUGACAGGGUCUUGGUGCUCCGGCUGGGUGUCAGGCCGAAGCCUCCAAGGUGGGAGAGCUGAGUCCAUGACACUGGACCACCAGAGACCUUCCGGUCCCACGUAAUAUCUAUCGGUGAAAGCUCUCCCAGAGACCUCUGUCUCAACACUAAGACCCAGCUCUACCCAAUGACCAACAAGCCCCAGUGCUGGACGCCCCAUGGAAAACAACUAGCAAGACAGGAACAGAACCACACCCAUUAGAAGAGAGGCUGCCUAAAAUCAUACUGAGUUCACAGACACCCCAAAACACACCACUGGACGUGGCCCUGCCCACCAGAAAGACAAGAUCCAGUCCCACCCACCAGAACACAGGCACCAGUGCCCUCCACCAGGAAGCCUACACAAGGCACUGAACUGACCUCACCCACUGAGGGCAGACACCAAAAACAAUAGGAACUAUGAACCUGCAACCUGUGAAAAGGAGACCCCAAACACAGUAAGUUAAACAAAAUGAUAAGACAGAGAAAUAUGCAGCAGCUGAAGGAGCAAGUUAAAAACCCACCAGACCUAACAAAUGAAGAGGAAGUAGGCAGUCUACCUGAAAAAGAAUUCAGAAUAAUGAUAGUAAAGAUGAUUCAAAAUCUUGGAAAUAGAAUGGAGAAAAU